AUGAUUUCACUCGUGUUUGCGGCUCUGCUCCUGGCCGGUGGUGCCAAUGGAUGUGGUUCACCCGCUGUUCCACCUGUAAGCUCCAGGGUCGUAGGUGGAGUGGAUGCUCGACCCCAUUCUUGGCCGUGGCAGGUCUCACUCCAGUACUUAAAAAAUGAUAACUGGGCUCAUACUUGUGGAGGGUCCCUCAUUGCAAGCAACUGGAUAAUGACUGCUGCCCACUGCAUCAGCAAGAGCAGGACCUAUCGGGUGGUACUUGGCAAAUAUAACCUCAAGGCUUCAGAGCCUGGAUCAGUGGCAGUUGAAAUUGCUCCAGAGAAUAUAUUUGUCCAUGAAAAAUGGAAUCCAAUUCUCGUUGCUCUUGGGUAUGACAUUGCUCUCAUAAAGAUUUCCAGCCCUGUGGCUCUGAGCAACUCAAUACAGUUAGGAUGCAUUCCUGCUCCUAAUACUAUACUCCCUAACAACUAUUCCUGCUACGUUACAGGAUGGGGUCGACUCUACACAAAUGGCCCCAUCGCUGACAAUCUCCAGCAGGCCCUUAUGCCAGUUGUAGAUCAUGCAACUUGCUCCAAGCUCGACUGGUGGGGAUUUGCUGUGAGAAAGACGAUGGUUUGUGCUGGUGGAGAUGGCAUCGUUGCUGGAUGUAAUGGGGAUUCUGGUGGACCUCUGAACUGCCAGGCUACUGAUGGAACCUGGGAAAUCCACGGCAUUGCAAGCUUUGUAUCCAGUUUGGGCUGCAAUGCCAAGAAGAAGCCCACUGUCUUCACUCGUGUUUCUGCCUACAAUGAUUGGAUUGCUCAGAUAAUGGCGAACAAUUGAACAGUCACAAAGAGGCGCAGUAUUCAGACUUUACUACAAGUCAUACAGCACAGAAAUAGGCCCUUUGGUCCAACUCAACCAUGC